AUGCAGUGGCAUCAAUCACCUCACGUAGGCAGCUCGCAGCCUCCCUCUGCUCGUCAGAGCGAAGCUCAGCGCGGAACUGCGGAUUUGCCGAGCGGUAUGCCCAUGACCAGCAGCUCUUCGCACCCAUACUCGCCACAGCUCGGAUCUUUCACACUUCCGCCUGAUCAACACUACGACAUUUCGGCGCAUGCCCGGACUGCCUCGAACGCUCCGCUCACAAGAGGCGAUGCUGGGCUCACAGUCGCAUCGAGCAGCAGCCAAGCUCUCACUGCGUCUCCUGGUAGUGGUCCAACCACGCAGCAAGUCGAGCCUGCUGGUGGCUACGAGAUUUGUGAGUAGCUUCCAUCCAGCAUGCCUCACAGAGCUCGGUCAACUCUAAUUGGCGCCCUGUCGAACUCAUCUGUUCAGUCGUGGGAGACCUCAGCAAAAACAUCAAUGACUCAGCGUUACGAUCUGCAUUUGCGUCGUUCCCAACUCUCAUCGAUGCUCGUGUGAUGGUGCGUUCUCAGUCUUUCCCAUCUGCCGGCUGCAGACCGCCUCACAACUCUCUGCUCGACCAUACCUCCCUCCAUAGUGGGACACAUCGAGCGGCAAAUCACGAGGCUACGGCUUUGUGACCUUUCAUUCAAGAGCCGAAGCGGAACAAGCGAGUGAGCACUCAAGGUACCUCUGCGUUGGGUCUGCUAUGCUCCGCGCUCAACAUCUGACUCGUCACCCUGUGCUGCAGUCGCUGUCAUGAAUGGAGAGGUGCUUGGUGCGCGCCCAGUCCGCGUCAACUGUGAGCGUCACCAUGAUCAACCUUUUCAACUCUGCGCUACGGCUAAGCUUAUUCCUUACCGCCUGUAGGGGCAACUGUCAAGAAGCCGGCCAGCGAAUCAGCAGCCAAGCCUCAAGUGCCGGCGCCGAGACCGAGCCAUGCCAUAGGGCUAGGCAUGCCGCCAACAGCAGGCGCUGCUUCGGGCACGCCGCUGAGCUAUCAAACGGUGUACAACUCAGCGCCGCUUGACAACACGACAAUUUGUGAGCGCUGUCUCGGUCGCGCCGAGCCAACACGAGCUUACCUUUCGGCCCAUACGACCUCAGAUGUCGGGAAUCUGCCACCCAUGACGAGCGCUGGCGAUCUCGUCAUGAUCUUCUCUCAAUUCAGUCCCAUCCAAAUUCAGGACGUCAGGAUGCAAGUGAGCCCGGCUUCGCACGCCCGUGGAUGGUGGUUCUGGUCCGCGUGACUGUUGACGCCUUGCAAGAUCUCCUUGCUCUUCUUUGCAUCGCUUAGCCGGACAAGGGGUUCGCAUUUGUGCGUCUAGACACUCACGAGAAUGCCACCAGAGCAAUCGUUCUAGCCGCUGGUCAUGUCUUGCACAAUCAGCGCAUCAAAACGGGAUGGGGCAAGGAUCGUUUGGAAACCAACAUGCGAAGAGCAGCGAUAGCGGCGCGUGCAGCUGCGGCUUCUGGCAUGGUUCAAAGCACAGAUGCUUACGGUAUGCCUAUGCUGGCAGGCUUUCCCGCGCAGGUGAGCUGCCUGUGCAGCGCGACCUACCCGGCAAGAAGGUCGAGGGCACGAGCGUCGGAACCACCGGAAGGGUGCCGGUAUAGAUGGUAUCCUUGCUCACAGCUGACGUCUCCUUCUCCCUUCUGCGCAACCACAGGCCGGGCAAGGACAAAGCCCAAUGUACAACAUGAGCCUGAUGAUGCAAACUGCAAAUUCUGCCUACCCGGUGUAUCCUGGUGUGCCAACAAACCAGCCUGGCUCUGCAGUUCUGCCUUCCGUCUCGCGGAAUUUCUUGCCGACAGACCAGCCAGCCCAGCUGUCGCUGGUCGCGCCGCCGUAUGCUUCAGCUUCAAGCCCACCUCAAGUAGCAGUGGCCGGCUACGGCGACCUUCCGCAGCAGCAGGUCGAUUUGCGACCUAGCCAAGGCUGGCCAACCCAGCGUCUGCCACAGCCCCCCGGAACGCUUUAUGCUCAGUCGUAUCCCACGCAGUCAUCCGAAUCUGUCCAGCAGCAGGACGUCCCCCAUCUUCAGCGACAGUACGGCCCGGAUCCGACUCGACCGCAUCCUUCGCGUCGCGAGACCUGACCGUCCAUCUUUCAAUGCACCACUCAAGCGCCUGGUCAGCAUCCGUUCUGCGACCGCGCUCGUCGCAGCGUAGGACAGGCCUCGCUGCUCCACCCGAGCAUGUUCGCGCAGAACAUCGAUCACAUAUCAACGCCUUUGCAUGCAACUCGCAAACUAUCUACUCUUCGGCCAACAUCCGCUCAACCUCGCAUUUCUUACAUCCCUCAGCUGCUCGCUGCUGCAUCUUUGUGCACCGAGCUCCCGAGGUCCAAUGUAUCCCGCUUCAUUGUGAGUGACUUCAGGAAGCAUGUCGUGUGACUGUCAGCUUCGUGCGAGCUGAUGCUUGCUUCGAUUUCUGGUGCAAGGUCAAGAACUACAGAAUGCUUCCCAUUGGAUUUACCGUCACCUUAGAUCUCUCCGGCAACGAUGCCGAACUUCGCCUUGUAGCAAACGCCGCUGCCUGA